CUUUACUCUCUCGACUCGUCCUCCACACCUCUCCAUCCAACACAAUGUCGAUUCCACGAGCGCAGUACGACCCCCGGAAUGUCUUCCGCUUCAGCCUCCCCCACAUCGAGGUGGGACCCAAGGCCCGCGAGAUCGGGACGUACCUCUCUGGCGCGCUCUUCACCCUCUCGUACUUCCUCAUGAUCGACGCGGCGACCGUGUCCAAGCACGCCAAGCCGCCUCCCGAUGCGCCGUACGACACGGUGCCGGUGCACGUCCAGUUCGUUGACUGGGUGCCCGCCAUCCUCUCCACUCUUGGAUUCCUUGUCAUCUCUCUCCUCGACAAGACACACCUCCACUCUGCCUUCUCGGGCGACUCGUGGGGAAGCGACGGCCCUGCUGCGUGGAGAGCCCGUGUGGUGCUCUUCCUCGGCGUCGCGCUCAUGGCUGGCGGUCUCGCCGGUAGCUUGACUGUCCUCAUCCUCAAGUACAUUGUGCCCGACUACACCGACUACAUCUACUACGGCAUCGCCAACGUCGGCAUGAACGCUGGCGUCAUGCUCUCCGCCAUGGUCCUCUGGGUGUCGCAGAGCGGCAGCGACGAGUACGAGUACCAGCUCACCGUUUAGUGCACCAGAUGCACCCAGCAGCGAGGAGGAGAGUAGACCUAAUGUCAGCAGAUGAUGUGCAAUGCAUGCAGUGCGCGAGG